UUGUACAAGCACGCCAUGCCAAUCCACACAGGAGCCGACUUCGUGACCACUGUUCGCCACGACACAUAUCCUGCGAUUGAUCCAGCCAAGGCGGACCUCGCCGGCAAGGUUGUCCUCAUCACCGGAGCGUCGAAAGGCAUAGGCAAGGCUAUCGCCAUCGCCUUCGCACAGGCCGGGGCAUCUGGCCUCGUGCUCUUUGCACGAUCCGACAUGUCCGCGGCCACGGCUGCCUGCGAAGCUGCCGCGCGCCCUGGUCAGGAUCUGAAAGUACUUGCCAUCUCUGUCGACACCACCGACGCCGCCCAGGUUGCCGACGCCCUCGCGAAGGUGAAGGCGGCCUUUGGGCGGCUCGACAUUCUGGUCAACAACGCGGGCUACAUGGAGCAUUAUAAGCUGAUACAUGAGCAGGACCCGGAGGAGUGGUGGAAGCCUUUUGAGGUGAAUCUGCGCGGGACGUAUCUUGUAACCCGCGCGUUUUUGCCGUUGCUCAUCGAGUGCGGUGGAGAGAGGACAAUCAUCAACAUGUCGAGCGUUGCUGCACAUAUGAUCCAUCCGGCCUUUUCUGCCUACCUGUCGUUCCUCUGGACCUCUAUAUUACUCAACGGCUUGAAGGUAGGUGACACGUCGAUGGCACGAUGCAGAAUUGAUCAUCUCGGUGUACUCGAGGCCGAUGAGUCAGUGACCCUCUUCUCGCCGAACUCAUUGAGGGUGGAAAGACCUAUGAGCCACACACAACAGGCGGAUACCAACUCUCGGCGGCUGAUAAACUCCGUUGCACGGGCUCAUUCGGCGUCGCCUAAGUGGGUCUUUGGGUGGGCACUGCUUCCGGCCAAGCUUGCAUUGUCAAGCAGGCGAGGGUACCGAGCCGACGGCCAGUGUAUUUUGACAGGCUGUGCAUGA